AUGGGUGACCACCCCAGCCCUCCUCCCUCUCCUACUGCUAGCGACUCCGGCGCUCCCGUCGCUCCUCCCCCAUCUCCAGCGCUCCUCCCCGCCGUGCAACCGGCUGCUCCCGCUCCGCCUGCCGCCAUCGCGCCGACGCCCGUGUCCCCGCUCCCCUCUUCAGUGCUUCAGACCAUCGACAUACGCCGCCACGUCCCCGUCACUCUCGAUCUCCUUGCCGGCAACUAUGCGCAGUGGCGCCGUCACUUCGACACGGCGAUCGGCAUGUUCGGGCUGCGCGCUCACCUUGACGUUGCGGCGGUGCCGCACUUCGACGAUCCCGAGUGGGCGAUGGCCGAUCAUGCUGUCGUCCACUGGCUCAACACCACUGUUGCGCCCGAUCUCCUGGACGCCGUGAUGCAAGAGGAGGACACGGCGCUCUCCGUGUGGACGUCGAUCGACGGCGUCUUUCGCGACAACCAACUCGCCCGGGCGGUCUACAUCGACGCCGAGUACCACGCCGUGGUGCAGGGCGACCUGACGAUCAUGCAAUACUGCACCAAGCUGAAGACGUACACCGACCAGCUGCGCGACCUCGGCCAACCGGUGACGGAAACGCGCCAAGUCUUCCAUCUUCUGCGUGGGCUCGCGCGCCAGUACCAUGGUGCCAUCCCGCACAUCACUUCGCGCAACCCCCUCCCCACGCUUCUUCAGACGCGCUCCUUCCUCCUCCUUGAGGAGGACCGUGCCGAGCAGACGGCGCGUCUCCAGGGCACGCACGCGCUUGUCGCCGGGCGCGGCACUUCACCACCAACCGCUCCGCCUGUCGCCGCUCCCCCCGCCGCUCCCGGGCGUGGUGGCCGCGGGCGCGGCUCUGGCAACGGUGGCGGCUCCGGCACCAGUGGUCUCCCUUAG